GCGCGGGCGGCGGAAAAUGGCGGCGUGUUUUGGCGCCGGCAGCAGCAGCAGCAGCAGCGCGAGUAGCGGCCUUUCGGAGGAGCCCGCUCGGCCUUGGUGCCUGAAGCGCGCGGGCCUCAGCGAGGAAUGGCUACUACUGGAGAGCGGGAGCGAGGUAACUAUAGGUCGAGGAGCUGGUGUCACAUACCAGCUGAUUUCAAAAUCUUGUCCAUUGAUGAUUUCUCGGAACCACUGUGUUUUCAAGCAAAAUACUGAAGGCCAGUGGACAGUGACUGAUAACAAGAGUCUAAAUGGUGUCUGGCUGAAUCGUGAACGCAUAGAUCCAUUAAAGCCCUACUGUUUACAAGAAGGUGACUUUAUCCAAUUAGGAGUGCCUUUAAAACAUAGAGAAACAGCUGAAUAUGAAUAUACAGUAAUACGGGAAGAAUGGAAGAGAAUUCAUCCAUUUUUAGCAUUAAAAAGUGACCAACUAACUGAGAAAACAAAGGACAUGAGGGCUAAACGUAAAAUUAGUUUGGAAGAAUCAGAGGCAUCUGGAGCAGAAGGGCCCUCUAAUUCCAGAUCAAAAAGAGAGAGAGUAUCUUUUGAAAAUGAUUCAUUGAGGAAGUCUGAGGGUGUCAGGACAGAACUAGCCAAACAGCCAACUGAAAGCAUUGAUAUAGCACCCCUGCCUCCCAAACCAAGCAAGAAGGAAAAGAAGAAAAAUCACUGUAGCCCUGUUCAGUCAGAACAUGACUUAUGCGUCUUAUCUAAAAGCCAGAAGGCCCCAAGGUUGGCACAGUCUUGGAGUGGCUUGGAACAAAUAAUGAAAACUCUGGCAGAUAUGACAAAGUUAAAAGCCAAGAUGCAAGAGACCCAAACAGCUGUGUUGAAUGUGAGACAAAAGAAUAAGAAAUGUGCUCCAAAGGAGAUCCAGGUUUUGGAGAAAGAGUUACAAAACUUGCAGGACCAGUUAUGCACUGAGCAGGAACAUCAGCAGCAGCGUGUCGAACAGCUGGAGAAAACCUUCUACGAGGAGCUGGAGGGAGCUAAGGAGGAGGAGGGAGAAGAGAGACUAAAGGAACAACUGGUCCAGGUUCUAACACAGCAUCGUGCUCUGAUGGAAGAACUGAGCCGUAGUAAGAAGGAUUUUGAAGAAAUAAUUAAAGCCAAGGAUAGGGAGUUGAAAGAGACCAAGGAAGAAAAAGAAAAGGCAAAAGCACAAAAGGAGGAGGCACUGAAUCAGAUGAACGAUGUUCUAGAAAAUGAGCUACAGUGUACAAUUUGUUCUGAACACUUUAUAGAGGCUGUCACUCUGAACUGUGCACACAGUUUCUGUUCCUUUUGCAUUGACCAAUGGAUGAAGCUUAGGUUGGAAUGUCCAAUAUGUAGACGUGUUAUAAUUUCGAAGACACGGUCAUUGGUUCUGGACAACUGUAUUGACAGGAUGGUGGAAAAACUGGAUGAGGAAACAAAGCAACAUCGCUUGUCUCUCAUCCAAGAGCGAAAAGAGAAGCAACCUGUUCCACAAAUCCCACCAUCUGAGAGUGAGAACAGUACUCUGACCUCUUCUUCAGACAGCGAGAGCAGUAGCAUUACCUCAACACUAGACAGUGAAACCAGUAGCAUUAUAUCCAUGCAUUCUAUCAUGUCACUGAGCAGCUUUGAAAGCGAUUACUAUGAUGGGGACUUUGAUCACCAUGGCGUCCUCUGAAGAGUCUGUGUUGUACCUUUGCAGCUGUGUAGAAUUAACUCAAGUGCUUCCUAUGAGAAAGAAUCAGCCACUGUUCUUUUCUUAAGUGGAUAUAUGAUUUCAUCUCCAGCAGAUAUGAAGUUCUAAGGACUCAAAUCCACUUUUCACACUAGAGCAAUGGUGACAAAAUGUCUGUUUCUGUAUUAAUGUGGGUAUUGCAAGCUUGUCAGUAAAACAACUAUUUAAAUACAUCUUGAUUGACACAUGCUUAUUUUUGUGACAUUGAGAUGUUUACACAUGUCUCAUGGGUUCACACUGAGGAUGUUGAGUCUAGAACCAAACUGUUCAGCAGUUACCAUUUUUGGAGACAAUUUUCAAGGUUGAGUUUGCCUACCCUAUGAGCCAAAGAGUUCUGUACCUGAUUUCUUAGAACAGCAUCUUAAUCAAUUUCUUUGAAGUCUUAUUGCCAAAAGAGAACAAAAGUAUCAAAACAAUCUGCUUUUUGAAAUGGGUGUAACAAGAAUGGCUUUUGCCUGCGGGAAAACUGAAGAUGCUGAUUGGAGUAUCUGAAGUUGCAGAAUGAAAUAAAUUUCCACUGUGAACAAACAGAAGAUGGCAACAAUGCAAGUAUCAGUGUUAACAUAAUGUUGUGUGUCCUAAAUUUCCAGCAAACAGGGUUCCAUUUCAGGAGCUUUAGUUUCAAAGUAGCAGACUCUGUUUCGGGCUUGGUGUGAGUUGAAGUAGUCACUGAUGUUUUUACUUAUUUAAAAAAUACAAGUUAAAUAAAGGGGAAAAAACAA